CCCUGAAGAGAACUGCAUUUCCUAUGGUGCCCUGCGACCCCGCGGAUGCGAAGCCUUUUGGGAAAUGAAGUCUUCUUUCAAAGAACUUGCCACUCCGCUGGAUCCGGGGCCCUUACAUCUUGGCGGAUUCGAAGAGUCUGAAGGAAAAAGAACCCUGAUACGGACCCCGAAUUUGAGGGUGUGACCCGUCUGACGCGAACUGAGCGUUCUCUUGAGUGGAAAGUGUGCUACAAACUCGCAGUCUCCUCGCGCUUCGUCCGUCCGCGGCUCUGGAGUGGGCCUGAUUUUUUUUUUUUCCCCAGACUCCAGCAGAUGAGCCUUGGGGCCGGACAGAGCUGUGAUGUGGGGGCGCCUCGAGGCCGGGCUACUGGACUUGGGUGCAAACUGAGGAAAGAGUGUUGAGGAGGGUGUCCAGAAUUCAAAGGUCAGAGGUCGGUGUAGCGAAGAGUUGUUGGAGGUCGAAUGUCGGAGGGUGCUAAGGCGAGACUCGGCGAGGGACCGAAUACUCAGGAGACAGAUUGGUGGGAAGGGGCUUGGAGGGAGCAGAAGCUGCGUUGCAACCCCAGCUGUUAGCAGGGCGAGGAGAUGGCUUCUCCCUCUAGACAGCCCCCUGUCGGGGGGUCAGGACUGCUUCAAGGGAGCCGGGCUCGUUCUUACGGAAGCCUGGUGCAAUCGGCCUGCUCCCCAGUGAGGGAAAGACGCCUGGAGCAUCAGUUGGAGCCCGGAGAUACCCUGGCUGGACUAGCUCUCAAAUACGGGGUGACGAUGGAACAGAUUAAGCGUGCAAACCGCCUUUAUACAAAUGACUCCAUCUUCCUGAAGAAAACCCUCUACAUCCCCAUCCUGACAGAGCCCAGAGACCUGUUCAAUGGUUUGGAUUCUGAGGAAGAGAAGGAUGGAGAGGAAGAUGUACACCCAAAUAAGGAUGACAUCUGGCCACACCCAGCUGAGAGGAAGAAACAAGAGACAGGUGCAGGACGUGCCAAUGGUGAAGUCCUCCCCACACCUAGCCAGGACCUGGCCACACCCUCCCAUGACCUCUCUGCCUCUGACUUCCUUAAGAAGCUGGAUUCACAGAUCAGUCUGUCAAAGAAAGCUGCUGCUCAGAAGCUGAAAACGAGGGAAAGCAGGGUACCUGGGGAGGAUGCAGGUCUCCAUCUGAACUCCCCUCGGAUGCAACAACGAGCAGUCCUAGGUCCUGUGCCACUGACCCGGACCUCUCGGACCCAGACACUACGGGACCAGGAGGAUGAAAUCUUCAAGCUCUGAUGUCCCCAGAACUGGUUGAGAGAAGCAGUGUGUUGAAGGAGCAACUUGAGGGGGAGAGGAGCCUGAGGUGAGGCUCAAGAACAUGGCUUCCCAGCUCGCCUCUCAACUCCAGCCACCUUCCCCAGCCCCCUGGCCUAAAAAGAGUUCGUUGACCUGAGGCAUUUUUAUUGGCAAGAGUAGGGGGUGGGUACUAGACCCCUUCCUGGCUCUUGGGCUGAACCUAGUCUAGGUCCCUUGGAUUCAAAAGGCUCCUUUUACACCCUUGCUGCCUUCCCUAUCCCUGGCGUUAGAGCAGGGAAGCAGAGGCUCCCCCUCAACUUCCUCCUCAUCUCCAGUGAUGUCACAUAAGUUAUUUGGUGCUAUAUUCAAGUAAUAUUUAUUCGUUUUAUCUUAUUCCUUCCAAUUGUUAGCUGACAAGUGAGAUUUCGGUAGCCCCUUGGUGGGGGACGUCUGUGAACAGUGAGCCAGUGACUGCUGGUUCCCCACCUCCAUAGUCAACCAUGUUACUGGGACUGGGGCAGCCAGUGAACUAGUGCUGCUGCAGAGAAUGGCAGGCUGUGCCGGGCCUUUUCCCCACUGGCAAAGGAUUGAAGCUCAGUCUUGACUUAGCAGGUCCCUGUAACUUUUCCACAACUCUCACUCUGAGGAAAAGCAGAAUGUAGGGAGGGGCCUGAACUCUCCAUUCCACCAGUUCACCUUUCUGAUGUGUUCCUCUCCUCAGCCUGUCCUGGGGCUGAGAGAGGGAAGAAGGAAUGACUUGGGGUUUGAAGAGGGGGACAGCUGGGGGAGUCUCUGUUAUGCCCCUUCCCCAGUAGAGCCCACAUGUCUAUCCCUUGCUCCUCCCUGCAUAGUUAUUCGCAAUUUGUAGCACUGAUCUGCAGUACAGUUUGUUUGUUUCUUAAACAGAAGAAGUAGGCAAGGGUACCCCAGUGAUGCUGGAAAAUAUGCCUCAGUCUCCUGUAUGGAAAUGGUAAGAGGUGAGAUAAGUGGUGUUUACAUCCCUUCUUUCCUGUGGUGAUCACAAGGUCUAAGAAGCUGGAGAUAUUAAACAUUGAGCCCUGUGCAUGU